AUGCAACACAUUCAGCAGCAGCAGCAGCAGCAACAGCAACAGCAGCAGCAGCAGCAGCAGCAGGAACGGCAGCUACAGCAGCAGCAGCAGCAGCAGCAGCAGCAGCAGCAGCAGCGCAUGCAGCAGCAGAACGACCCAACAAUGGCAGCAGCAAACCGAGCUCGGCUUCCUGCUGCUGCUGAUGCAACUGGGGGUGUUGCAGCAACCGCGCCGCCACCGCCAGUAGCAGCAGCAGAGGAGCAGGAACAGCGCAGCAGCAGCACAGCAGCAGUAGCAGCAGCAGCAGCAGUAGCAGCAGCAGCAGCAGCAGCAGCAGCAACAAAAAAAGCAGCAGCAGAAGCAGUUUGUGUUUGUCUGCUGCAGCUGCUGCCUGACCCGGAGACGCUCGCGAAGGUGGCGGCCUAUCCCCGCGAACGGCAGGUGGAUCUGAUAGUUCGGUUGCUGCAGAAGCCGCGAGGAGCUCAGGUGGUGCAGCAGCUGCAGCUAGCUGGGCAUGUUGCUGCUGACGUGUGUGCUGAGGCCAUGGCUAGCUGCAGCAGCAGCGCGCAGCAGCAGCAGCAGCAGCAGCAGCAACAGCAGCAACAGCAGCAGCAACAACAGUUGCGACAGCGGCAGAUACAGCAGCAACAGCAACAGCAGCAGCAGCAGCAGCAGAUGCAGGCACAGUACCAGCAGCAGCAGUAUCAGCAGCAGCAGCGGCUGCAGCAGCAGCAGCAGCAGCAGCAGCAGCAGCUGUGCCCGCAGCCAUCCGAUUCUCAGGGGCCUCCAAUAAAGCGCGCGCGCGUCAGCAGUAACAGCAGCAGCAGCAGCAGCAGCAGCAGCAGCAGCAGCAGCUAUUUUUCCCGGGGAGAAUCCAGCAUAGAAGGAGAGCGCAGGUUGUUCAGGCCGCAGCUGCUGCGGCAGCGGCCUAAGUUUAUAAGUAUGAUGAGGCGUCAGCUGCCGCUGUGUGGGGGGGAUGAGCAGCAGCAGCAGCAGCAGCAGCAGCAGCAGCAGCAAAUGCUGCUGCUGCAGAGACGCGGAUGGUCGUGGACGCUAAACCCAUCUGCUGCUCAGGUGGUGCAGCAGGAGCAGCAGCUGCGGCAGCUGCUGCAGCAAGAGCUGCAGCAGCAGCACAUAAUGAGGCCUGCAACAGGUCCUAGUAUAGCACAGCAGCAGGUGCAGCAGCAUCAGCAGCAGCAGCAGCAGCUGCUGCAGCUGAUGCAGCAGCAAGAGGACCAGCAGCACAACAUGCUGCGACUGUAUCUACACCGCAGGCUGCAGCAGAUCCUAAGACAAACAAAAAUACGUUUAGGCGUCUCCGUUGUUGCUGCUGAGGAGACAGCUCUCGUUGAUAGACUUCUUGCUGCACUGCAACUCAGGCUCACGUUGCUGGCUCCUUGCUUGGAGGCUAUAUCUCACUACCGCGUGGACCGAAUCUUUUCUCGUUUGAUGAGCAGCAGCAGCAGGUCCCCCGCAUGCACACAAGCAGCAGCAGCAGAAAAUAUUGGGGCUGAAACCGCAGGCAGCAGCAGCAGCAGCAGCGAAGCAGCAGACGCACAGGACUUGGCAGCUACAGGUGUUGAUGAAGAUUGGGGUGAUGGAGCAGCAGCAGCAGCAGCAGCAGCAGCAGCAGGUCCCCCGCAUGCACACAAGCAGCAGCAGCAGAAAAUAUUGGGGCUGAAACCGCAGCUUUGCUUCUCUGUCUUAGCGGAGUUAUUUCUGCGGCGGGACAGUGACCAGCAGGUGAGACUUCACCGCCUCAAUGAAGGCCGGAGACGCGUGAAGCAUCGGCUGAAGGCCAGGGGAGCUGCGGGGGGUCCGCAGGCAUCGAAGACAGAGGAGGCGGACGUUGCUGCGAGCGCCGCUGGAGCUACUGCUGCAGCAGCAGCAGCAGCAGCAGAUGCUGCUGCCGCUGCAGGCGGCAGCAGGGGAGCUGCAGGGUUUCCGGAGGAGCAGCAGCAGCAGCAGCAGCAGCAGCCAGCAGAAGUAGCGCUGGAGAAGGCCCAAGAAUUCGCCGAGGUAGCUCACAGCCAGCGGCUGCUGCUGCUGCGGCUGACGGCCUUGGAUCUGCGGGCUUUGUUGCAGCUGCCGCCAGCAGAGUGUCUCGCCCCCCUCUCUUUCAGCAGCAGCAGCAGCAGCAGCAGCAAUAGCAGCAGCAACAGCAGCAGCAACAGCAGCAGCAGCAAAAGCAACAGCAGCAGCAACACGCCUUAUGCACCGAACCCGAGCCGUCUGCUGCAGUACCUGGAGCUGCUGCACUUUGACCUGCAGGCGGAGCCGCCGCGGCUGCCUCCUGCUGCUGUUCGUCUUGCUGCUGCACCAGCAACGCCUAUGCUGCACCAUCAGUAUCAGCAGCAGCACCAGCAGAUGCAGCAGCAGCUGCAUGCUGCUGCUGCUGCUGCUGCAAGCAGACCGCAGAUGCUCACAAAUACUGCUGCAGCAGGGGCUAACAGAAACAGAAAGAAAGCUGCUGCUGCUGCUGCUGUUGCUGCUAUAGUAUUAGAAGCAGAAGACAAGAAGCGUGCUGCGCUGCUGCAGCAGCAGCAAGAUAUGUUUAUGCAGCAGCAUGGUGCUGCUUCUCGCUACCAUGAGCAGCUACUCAGGCAGCAGGGAGCAGCACCGACGCAGCAGGAGCUGCUGCAGCAGCAGCAGCAGCAGCAAGAACAACUGCAUCAGCUGCAGCAGCACCUCCUCAGGGGAACGAGUGCCAGUAUGCAUGCACUGCAGCAGCAGCAUCUGCAGCAGCACCGCGCAGCAGAAGAAGCAAACCGUCACCGUGUUGCUGCUGCUGUUGCUUCAGCUGCUGCUGGUGCUGCUGCUGGCAUGCACACCCCGGGGCAUCCGUCGCAGCUGCAGCACCAGCAGCAAAUGCCUACAGCAGCAGCAGCAGCAGCAGCAGCAGCAGCAGCAGACAAGCGGCAGCAAGCCCCCUUGCCCCGCUUCACUGACUCUCUUGCUGCUGCAGGCCGCACGUCGGAGCUGCUAAUCCCAGAGGUGGAGGAAGAGGAUUUCUUAUGA